GUUCCGGCCGGAGGCCCAAGCUGAGGGCCGGCUCCUUCACCAUGGCUUCAGCCCAGCUGGACUACACCAUCGAGAUCCCGGAUCAGCCCUGCCGGAGUCAGGAGGACAGCCCCGACGAAGGUGGAAAGGAGGCUGGGACUCGACUGCCUUUGGUGAUUCUCUUGGGCUGGGGAGGCUGCGCCGACAAGAACCUGGCCAAGUACAGCGCCAUCUAUCACAAAAGGGGCUGCAUCGUGAUCCGAUACACAGCCCCCUGGCACAUGGUCUUCUUCUCCGAGACCCUGGGCAUCCCUUCACUUCGUGUCUUGGCCCAGAAGCUGCUUGAGCUGCUCUUUGAUUACGAGGUUGAGAAGGAGCCCCUGCUCUUCCACGUCUUCAGCAACGCUGGCGUCAUGCUGUACCGCUAUGUGCUGGAGCUGCUGCAGACCCACCGGCGCUUCUGUCACCUGCGUGUGGUGGGCACCAUCUUUGACAGCGGUCCCGGUGACAGCAACCUGCUGGGGGCUCUGCGGGCACUGGCGGUCGUCCUAGAGCACCGGCCUGCUGCGCUCCGCCUGCUGCUCCUGGUGGCCUUCGCCCUGGUGGCCUUCCUGUUCCAUGUCCUGCUCGCGCCACUCACCGCCCUCUUCCACACGCACUUCUAUGACAGGCUGCUCGACGCAGCCUCUCGCUGGCCCGAGCUCUACCUCUAUUCCAGGGCCGACGAGGUGGUCCUGGCCCGGGACGUGGAGCGCAUGGUGGAGGCACGCCUGGCACACCAGGUCCUGGUGCGCUCCGUGGACUUCGUGUCGUCUGCACACGUCAGCCACCUCCGCGACUACCCUACUUACUACACUACCCUCUGUGUCAACUUCAUGCACAGCUGUGUCCACUGCUCAGGUCCUUGCUCUCCCCACCUCACCUCUGCUCCAGAAAUAAAUGCCUGACUCUUCCCUACAACCUACAUCCAUGGGUGGGGUCCUCUGCUGGUACAGCUCCCUGCAGCUCUCGGGGUCUUUGUGGUCCCUCUGUCCUGGGGGACCAUGUCGGUCUGUUUACCCCAGGAUCCUGGGGGCAGUAGUGCCUGUGCAGGUCUCUGCAGGAGCCUUGCAGCUCUUGUGUUUGCUAAGUGCAACAGUCAGGCUGCUGGUUCCUGUGGCAUUUAGGCUGUGAAGGGUUAAUAAAGCUGGGGGUGGGGUGAGGCUAAGCCCCAGCAUUGAUCUUUGAUUCCUUGAAUGGAAGGUGAGCUUUGCAGGGAGGUGUCAGAAGGUAGGGGAAGGUUGGGGCAGGGGCUGUAAUCUGUGCUCCCAGGACCUGGAAGGGCAGGCAAAGCCCCCCCAAGCCUGGAGCACCAUCCCCUAGGAUCCCACUUGGCAGUUCACUCAGGCUUCUCAUUGCCAGGGAGUCUGAGGUGGAAGCCACAUGGGGGAGCUGACAGGUGGGGGAUCUGUCCAAGAUCUACUACACUUUGCCAGAAAGCCACUGGACCCAGGGAAGUUGCAAGAUGUGUGUGGAGUGGGCAGAUGCUGUGGGGAGCAGGAAGACAGCAGCCCCAGAUGGGAGCUGGGACAAGCUGAGUCAGGAGUCGACCAGAACCAUUGGCCUUCAUCUCCUUGAGGGAGACCCACUUGGAUCCUCUGUAGACAGGAGCAGUAGCUUCAGCCUUAGAAUUCUGUAUCAUCUAUCAUCCUGUAAGUCACUG